AUGGGGGUGAACUGUUGCUUCCGCCGAAGCGUGCGCUUGGCGUUGGUCUCGUCCACCACACGCUUCUCGAGCUUCUCGAGCCGCUCCAGCGAGAAGGACUUGAUGGGCAGCAGCUUCGGUGGGCAGAGCAGCUCCAUGGGCUCCUCCACCUCGUGGAACACAAACCCACUGGUGGGGAGGAUCUCCACUGGUGCCUCCCCGCUUGUUGUUGUCGCCGACGGCGCGGAUCUCAUACGGCUGCUUCUCUUUCCUUCUGCCUCUUCUUGUCGUGUGCGUGGGGGAAAACAACAACAACAACAACAGAGAAACACGAAGCAAAGCGCUUGUCAGGGUCUAAAUGUGGUGCCUGUCUGGACACAUCUGAGAGAAAAGCACACGCACGCACGCACGCACGCAGACACCGACUUAAACGCAGCUGUGUACUUCAGGCAUGCAGGCAGACACACUUCUGAAAAACCACAGGGAGACAAAAGCGCCCGCACAACCACCUGA